ACAACAAAUUGAUUGUUUUUCAAUUUUAAGUUGAGAUUAAUGAUUUCAAAUGAUUUCAUUUUGAGAAAUUGAUUGGAUUUUACUUUGGAUUAUUGUUACGUUAUUGUCAUCUUAUUAAUCAUGUUCUCAAGUGUAAGAUAUUUGUCUAAUGUUUCAAGUCGUUUACCGGCAACAUUUGACAUCGCAAUUGUUGGUGGAGGAACUGCUGGUAUGAAUUUAGCCUGGAAAAUGGGCCGUUACCAUAAGAAAUUAAACAUCGCCUUAAUUGAACCUUCGUCGUUCCAUUAUUAUCAGCCAAUGUGGACUCUUGUUGGUGCUGGAAUUAAGAGAAUUGAGUCUUCUCGUAGUUCAAUGGACGAUUUGACCAGAAAUCUACGAAUCGUCAAAUUAAAAGAUAGAGCAGUUCAAUUUAUUCCGGAAGAAAAUUGUGUCCGAUUAGAAUCUAGAGGUUUGCUUCGUUACAAUUAUCUGAUUGUUUGUACUGGAAUCGAACUGGAUUUUGAGAGAAUCAAAGGGAUUAAAGAUGCUCUACAAAGAGACAAUGUUUGCUCUAAUUAUUCGGUUGAUACUGUUGAGAAAACAUGGAAAUGUCUUCAGGCCACUAAAUCAGGAAAUGCGAUUUUCACUUUUCCAAAUACUCCAAUUAAAUGUGCUGGAGCUCCUCAGAAAAUUAUGUACCUCGCCGAUGAUCAUUGGAGAAAGACAGGAAGACGAGAUAAUAUCAAGAUAAUGUUCAAUUCAGCCGGUGCAGGGAUAUUUGCUGUUCCCAAAUACGCAGAAAGUUUAAAUAAAGUUGUCGCUAACAGAGGAAUCCAAACCAAUUUCCGUCACAAUUUGAUUGAAAUUAAAGGUGAUGAAAAUGUUGCUAUUUUUGAACAUCUUGACUCUGGAGAUAAAGUUUCAUUCGAGUAUGAUAUGAUUCAUAUUACACCCCCUCAAAAACCGUCGCCGAUUUUAGCCCCGAUUGCUGAUCAAUCUGGUUUUGUCGAUGUUAACAAGGAGACACUUCAACAUGUUAAAUAUGAAAAUAUUUUCGCCACCGGUGAUUGUAGCAAUUUACCGACCUCAAGAACAGCAGCAGCAGUGGCCAGUCAAUCGGAUGUACUUUUCUGGAAUUUAGUUAAUGUGCUUGGGGGUCGAAAACCUUCAUUAAAGUACGAUGGGUACACUUCAUGUCCUUUAAUCACCAGUUACGAUAAAUGUAUUCUUGCUGAAUUUGAUUACGAUUUAAAACCGAAAGAAACUUUUCCAAUUGAUCAAGGAAAAGAAAGACGAUCAAUGUUCAUUGUGAAAACUCAUCUAAUGCCUCUAUUAUAUUGGCUUUUACAUGUAACUGGUCGAUGGUCUGGUCCAGGUAAAUUAAGAAAAUGGCUUCGACUUGGACUUUCAGAUUAAACUAUUAUGGACUAACGAUUCCCUAAACUUGACUACCCGAGAUCCUGAAUAAAAUGACUAUCGAUAAUCAAAUUGAAGGUUAACUUCAACAUUUAAAUAUCACCAAUUUUAGCUUCUACUAAUCAAUACUGUUAUUUUGUAUCUCUUUUUAGAGUAAUUUACUAAAUGGUUGUUAAUAAGCGAACUCAAUUCUGUUUUAAUUGAGUAUAAAUUAAUUUGGGGCUUAACUGUAAAAGUUGAAUAUUAUGUACAAAUUGAGUUUAUGAGAUUACAUAAACAACUCAGAUAGAUAUUGA